GACCAGCUGUCACCAGGAGGUGAAUAUUUGGGGCUACCUCCAAGUUCGCCAAACGGCUGAUCCACUCAUGUGACGCGACAGCGAAAGGUCAACCAGUCGCACUCCCGCCCAACCUCAGGGUUUAUCACAACGUCAGCCAUUCCGCACCAUCCGAACAAUAAUAUAUCUAGGAUCGCUGCAGCCUAUAAACAGGAGUCAUCACAUCUUGGUAGGCAAACAUGAACUUUGCCCCAUAUCAAUCCUCGCCUCCAGAGCAUGGAAGAGUGUCACCAGAUCGCGGUGCCUCGCCUCGAGCGUCCCUAGAUGCCACCAUACGGACCUUUACACCCGUAAAAGUCAACCCAACACAAAGUCCACCUCCUUUACAACAUCCACAACCACAGCGUUCUUGGAACGGCUUCGAUGGCCGAGCAAAUGGCUGGGGAGCGGACGAACGUGCCGCAGCUAUAUCUAGUACCACCUCCGCCAUGCCAGGCGCAUUCCCUAUAGCAGAAGUCAGCGAGUUUGACACGAGCUUAGGAAUACGGUUGGAUUAUGAGGCAUCACUGGCCUACCUUGCUAUUCCCCCCAUUGGUUCCAUUGUAUUGCUGAUCUUGGAGAGAAAUAGUGACUUUGUCAGAUUUCAUUCCUGGCAAUCUUCUCUGUUAUUUACAUUUAUGAUGGUAUUACAUCUCCUAAUAUCAUGGUCUCAUUUCCUCAGCUGGCUUCUAUUUAUUAUAGACCUUGGCUUAAUGGCGUCACUGGCGUAUAGAGCAUUCUGUGAUGCAGAGAUACUAGACAGAUACGAAGUUCCCUUUUUCGGCAGGCUGGCGUCCAGAAUAGUCGAUGACGAGUAAAACGACGUCUUGACCAACACAUACGAGUACAUCUUAGAUCUGCAAGGUCAUAGAAUUCUGUACCUAAUUUUGGUCGACGAGAUAAGGUGGCCGAAGUAGUUAAUUUAUCUGGAUAGGACUCCACGUACGGUUCCUGCGACUACCUGUGCAUCGGACAACAUAAUUUCGUCCAUGCCAUUAAUGAGGCCGUGAUCCAACCACUUAGCAAGCAAAUCAUUACUCUCCUUGGGUUUUACUGAGUUGUCUCGGGUGCCUAUUGUAAUAUGUGCAACCCGGUUUGCACAAACCCAGUUACCUUCCGGGUCGUCAAUACGUACCACCACCGCCAUCAACCGGUCAUCAAAAACAAUCUGUGUCAGUGUUAGUAUAUAGAUACAGGAGAGCGUGCAAAGCAAAGAGAAGUUACCCUUUCCAUAAAUACAGAACAAGAUCCCAUAUCAGGAUUUUUCUCGUCAGUAGCAUCGUGCAGCAUGGCAUACCGCUUCCAAAGCUCUGGGUUAUCAGAUUCGGCAGCGCGGUGCAUUAGAGUAACGUGGAACUCGUUCUGUAUGCGUCUGGUUUGUUUCAGUUGCAUGAACAUGCGAGAUUUCUCUUUUUUUACCCCUGAGAACGUCUUAUCAAGCAUUUUGUUGAUAAAAUCCUUAGGUAUCGCAAUAGCCACAUAUUCUAGCCGUUGCUUACGCUUCGAGCCGGCGGUGGGCUUAAGGACCGCGCGCUCGACAACUCUCUGUUUCACGCCUGGUUUGUAGGUCAACGCAGCUUCCACUGCUCUAUCCAAAUCUGCUUGAUUUGGAAUUUCUUCGAAGAGAUCAGGAAAGGCUUUGUUGAGUCCGGAUAUCACGGCCUCAAGGUUAGCCCGGGACCCAGCAGUUGGAUCCAGUUUGAUCACAACAUCAAAUCCAUUAUCUGGUCUUGAAAUAGGAUUGCAAGGCUCAAAUCGUUCAAAAAAGCCGUCCAUAACCUUCAUAUAUUUAGACCCAUCCGUAGCAGCAUGGAUUGUUUGGUGAUUGUCACCACGGUCCACCACACGCUUUCGCGUAAUAUCUCUGAUUUUCGCGAUAUCUUCUUCAUUGUGUACGAAAUGUAGGCACACAAGUUUGACAUCUGGGAUAUCUAGUUUCAAAUCUGUGAUAAUUUGCUUUCGCUCAUGCUUCUGGGCGUUGUUCCUGUCGGCAAAGACAACCUGGUGGCUCUUGAGCGCGUCCACUAUAGCUUUAGCAAAUCUUGGAGGUCUUCCCUUGCCAGAGAUGUCGUCAUUCUGAACAUGUCCCCAUUGAAAUAAUGUUGUGAGGGCAUGAGCGAUUGUGGUUUUGCCGCAGCCAAUGGUAGCAAUAGGACAGAGAACUAUUUGGUCUGUCACAUUGGACAUGACAGCUGUGACGUCUUCGGAGUCAAUAUUGGCAGCCUCUGAACCAUUUAAAUUCUUGAAUUGCAAAAAUUCAUCCCUCAGGGCUAUGAUCCCAUGGUUUUGAGUGUAAAGCUUCGCCAUUGAUGGAUCUGAUAUUAACCGUUGCUUUGUGUAGUGCAAGUAUUCUUCUGUAAUUCUGGAGUGUUUGCUGUAUCGGGGCUCUCUUCCACUGAUUAGAGCUUUCGUACACUCCCUCCACUGUCGGUACAUUAGGUAUGGCUCUUCAAAUUUGAACUUGAAGAACCAAUCAUGAUAGGGCACCAAACCCGGGCUUGGAGACAUUUUGCACCGAAUCACAAAGCCUUCAAUAUCGCGGCCAUCGUAUGCUCCAGUAGAUGCAGCAUCCUCAAGGAACGUUUUGACUUCUUGUAUAUCAUUCAUCGUAAUGAAAUUCGUUUGGCGAAAAGCCCAGUUAUCCGCAAACUCUUGGACUGUGGCACUAGGAUACGUUGCAAAUUCCGGCAAGUUAAAAUUCAAACCAUGCAAGUACAAUCCGGCUUUGUCAGGCCCAUACGCGAGCACAUGCUCCUCAAAGCUGUCAUCGCAGAGUUCGGCGACCGCAGUUGCGUUUCGGCUGCGAAGUUCUCUGGCAAGAUCUUGUUUUGUUUUGCCAAUUGUCGCAAGCUGUCUUUCCAGCCAUCUCUCUCCUGCAUUUGCAUGGCUUAUUUGCCCAGGCCGAUCUCCGGUUGAAUGUUUACUGCAAACCAAGAGAGUUUCAUCUUCAAGACCAGCAAUGAAAAUAAUGCAGCCGUUUUCUUUCAAAGUCAAUUCGUACGGUGGCGUCGUUUUAGAAAUGAUAUUUUCCCACUUCGUUUCAGAGACUUCUCCAGUGUUGAAAAAUUUAUCAUACCCUCUGACUGCGAUUUCGGGAAUAUUUCGUGUAGUUGUAGUGAAGAGACCACGAGCAUGUGUUGGUAAUUCCUUCUUCUUAUAGUCCCAGUCUUGAAACCUCCAUGAGAAGACCCUUUGCCGAAUUGUUGAUCCUUUCACGUCAAAUGCUGUCUUUCUGACUGACACCGAACUCUUUCGCUUAUCUUUGCUCGCUGUUUCAAGCUGCUUAAUUAGGUGAGCAACCUGGUGCUCAUCCUGGUUAAUCACCUUGACAGUCAUGCUGCGCACAGAGCCGUGAUCAACAGCAGUGAUAAAGCUGUAAGGUUUAUAGUGUUUGAUAUUUGCAGCACUCUAGCUGUGGUGUAACGAUUCUAUGGAGGGUUGUUGCGUCACAGAGCUGUUGAUCUAGUGGGG